AUGGGUACACCGCAGGCGGGGGGCUCGGAGCCCCCCGCUUCCAUCACUACUUCAGCAGCAGCAGCAACAACAGCAACAGCAGAAGCUAUCUUGCGGGGGGAGCUGCGGCUCCGCCGGCCGCACCAGGGACCUAUCCAGGGCCAGCACAGAGACAGUGACGUUGAUGAGUACAAGAGCAUCGAUGAGUGUGAGAGUGAUUCGUACGCUGCAGGCGCAGGCAAAAGGGGGAAACCCUCCUGCAGCUCCACCGCCACAAACACAACAGAAACAGACACGAACAAAAACACCACACAAACACUCAGCAGCAAACACGAAGCCAAGCAGGCAAGAGAGGAAGCAGCAGACACCGAUAAACUAAAGGGAAUAGAUCCUGCAGUUACCGCGCCCAACAAACCCCCCGCCAAUGAGCAGCAGCAGCAGCAACAGCAAGAGCAGCAGCAGCCAGAGCAGCAGAAAAAAGAGCAGAAGCAGCAGCAAGAGCUGCCGCAGCUGCAGCAGCAGCAAAAGCAGCAGCAAGAGCAGGAACAGCAGCAGGAGGAAAAGGAGCAGCAGCAAGAGGAAAAGCAGCAGCAGGAGGAGGAAAAGGAGCAGCAGCAGCCAGAGCAGCAACAGCAGCCAAAGGAGCAGCAGCAAAAGCAGCAGCAGGAGGAAGCAAAGCAGCAGCAGCGUCAAGCAGCUCGUUUGUUUAUAGAAGUAACACCACAAAUACAGCAGUUCCUUGAGCGCAGCGUCCCCCACAAGAAGCGGGUGGCGUUGGUCGUCAACAAAACCAUCGAGCUCGAUGUGCUGCAGAAACUUAGAGAGAAUGGAGAGAUAUGA